AUGCCAGAAACCGAAACUGCGGCCGCCGCGGGAGAGAGCACCGUCUUGUUCGAAAAAUACGAGGUCGGAAGGCUCCUAGGAUGCGGAGCGUUCGCCAAGGUGUACCACGCCCGCAACACCAAGACGGGGCAGAGCGUGGCGGUGAAAAUCAUAAGCAAGAAAAAACUAACCGGAACAGGGCUGGCCUCUAACGUGAAGCGCGAGAUCGCCAUCAUGAGCCGUCUCCACCACCCUAACAUAGUGAGACUCCACGAAGUGUUGGCGACCAAGACGAAAAUCUACUUUAUCUUGGAAUUCGCCAAAGGUGGCGAGCUCUUCGCCAGAAUUUCGAAAGGUCGAUUCGGCGAGGAUCUCGCGCGGCGAUACUUUCAGCAGUUGAUAUCCGCCGUCGGGUACUGCCACGCGCGCGGCGUUUUCCACCGCGACUUGAAGCCGGAGAAUCUCCUUCUGGACGAGCAGGCAAACCUUAAGGUCUCCGACUUUGGCCUCGGCGCGGUGAAGGAGCAGGUAGGGGUGGAUGGGAUGCUGCACACGCUGUGUGGGACUCCUGCUUACGUGGCACCGGAGAUUUUGGCGAAGAGGGGCUACGACGGGGCAAAGGUUGAUGUUUGGUCUUGUGGGGUUAUUCUCUUUGUUCUUGUGGCUGGGUAUCUUCCUUUCAAUGACCCGAAUCUUAUGGUGAUGUAUAGGAAGAUUUAUAAUGGGAAUUUUCGGUGUCCAAGGUGGUUUUCGACGGAGUUAAGGAGGUUUCUGGCGAGGUUGUUGGAUACGAAUCCCGAGACGAGGAUAACCGUUGAUGAGAUUUUGAAGGAGGCGUGGUUCAGAAAGGGGUACAAGGAGGUCACUUUUGGCGAUUUAGGGUUGGAGUGGAAGAGUGAGGGUGAUGAGGUGAAGGAUUUGAACGCCUUUGAUAUCAUUUCUUUCUCCACAGGGUUGAAUCUCUCCGGUUUGUUUGACUCGUCGCGUGGGGUGGAAGAGGGAGAGAGAUUUUUGCUGAAGGAGUCGCCGGAGAAAGUGGUGGAGAAGGUAGUGGCAGCGGCGGCCACGGUGGAGGGUCUUGUGGUGAGGAGGAGGAAGGAGUGUGGGGUGGAAUUGGAGGGGUGUGACGGUAAUUUCGCGGCUUUGGUGGAGGUUUACCGGUUAACGGGGGAACUGGUUGUGGUUGAGGUGAGAAGAAGGGAUGGGAACGGUGGAGUUUUUAGAGAUGUGUGGAGGAAUAAGCUGAGGCCAUAUCUCUGUGCAGCCAGCAGCAGUACGACGUCGGAUCGGGAGGAAACUGGUGCACAGCCGGUUGCAGGUGAAUCAUGA